UAUUAUUAAAGGACCCAGUGCACGAAGAAAAAAAAUGUUACAGCAUCACUGUUCAUCGCAUAAGAAAUUUAAACUUAAUUUUGGUGCUCUAAGAUCGAAAGAAUGGAGCGAUAUCAUUCGACUAUGUAUUGCCGAAUUUCUGUGCACGAUGGGCCUCGUAGUUAUUCCGUGUGCAGCUGCAAUCGAAUCGCCCGAUUUUUAUAUAUUCCAUUUGUAUAGAUUUCACCAAGCCUUGUGCUAUGGCCUCAGUUACAUGAUGACAAUUGUAAUAGCAGGUCAUGUAUCUGGAGGGCAAUGCAAUCCCUCUGUGACAAUAUGCUGCUUCAUUUUUGGUCUUUUUCGGAUCUUCGAUGUCCUCUUCUAUAUCCUAGCUCAAUUAAUCGGGGCAAUAUUUGGAGCACUUGUUUUGAAGAUAAUGCUUCCAGCUAAGAUUAGAGGCAAUGGACCAGCUUUAUGCACACCAUGGAUUCCACCACGAUCAAGUAUAAUUCGCUGUUUAAUAGCUGAACUUUUGGGAACAACCUUCUUUCUAUUUGUUUGCUGUGCUAUGUGGGAUUACAGGAACCGCAAAUGGCAGGAGACAGCACCCAUUAAAUUGGGAUUAACAAUCUGUGGUUUAGUUUUAGCUUUUGGAGGAUACAGUAAAGCACACUUUAAUCCUGCACGAUCAAUGGGUCCUGCAAUUGUAAAUGGAGAAAUGAUAUAUCUGUGGGUCUACCUUGUACCCCAGAUUUUAGCUGGAAUCGCUGUUCCAAUAGUUUACAGAUUGGUGUUUGACGGAAUGGAUUUUGAACGGCCAGUUUUAGAUUCAUAUGAGACAAAUGACGACAUAUAAACAAUAAAAAAUUUGCCAAAUAUAUGUACCAAGUAUCAUCUGUUCGAUAGUAACAUUCUGGGAGAUCAUUGAGACUUCUGAUUAGGAUUAUUCAAAGAAUAUUUUCAUUAUAAUUGACCCAAAUCCAUUUUCCUAUG